CAGCUCACCGCAUGCGGUCGUGACACGUCCGCCCCUGAAAAGAUACAUACUUAGCCCGUUGCCCCUCAAUUGAUCUCGGCUUUGGCUUCAAAGUCUCUUUUUCCUGCCCUGUUCCUCGCCUCUCUCCAACUCGAUAUUCAUCAUGGCCACUGAAGCAGCAAGUGUGUAUCCUGCGCUGCAGGACCGCCCCUUGAAGGGCACAAUCGUUCUCUUUGAUGUUGACAAGACAUUAACGCCUGCCAGAGCAAAUGUCACUCCGGAGAUGCUUACCCUUCUCUCCCAGCUGCGUCACAAGUGCGCCAUUGGAUUUGUCGGUGGCUCGAAUCUUCCUAAGCAGCAAGAACAACUUGGCACACCCUCAACGAAUGUCACCUCUCUUUUCGAUUUCUGCUUUGCCGAGAAUGGUUUGAUUGCUUUCCGUUUGGGCAAGCCCCUUGUCAGCAACAGUUUCAUUCAAUGGCUGGGAGAAGAAAAGUACCAGAAGUUGGUCAACUUCUGCCUCAUAUACAUUGCGAAGCUGGAGCUUCCCAAGAAGCGCGGUACUUUCGUUGAGUUCCGCAAUGGCAUGAUCAACGUCAGCCCUAUCGGCAGAAAUGCCAGCACCGAAGAACGAAAGGAGUUUGAAGCAUAUGACAAGAUCCAUAACAUCCGCAGGGAUCUCGUGGAUGCGCUCAGGAAGGAAUUCCCUGACUAUGGUCUUAGUUAUUCGAUCGGCGGUGAAAUCUCGUUCGACGUUUUCCCGACUGGAUGGGACAAGACCUACUGCCUACAGCAUGUUGAGGCCGAGAAGGACAUCACAGGUAUCGAGUACAAGACGAUUCACUUCUUUGGAGACAAGACGUUUCCUGGAGGCAACGACUAUGAAAUCUACAGUGACCCCAGGACGAUCGGCCAUUCAGUGGAGGACCCCGAUGACACCAUGAGACAAUUGAGAGAGCUCUUCCAGCUAUAGAGGUGCAACUCAAAUGUAUUGUGCCAUAUUCGCGCCAGGGUAGGCUUGAGGAGCUAUAGCAGCUAGAUAUUAGCCAUCGGCCCAUGAGGACUGGCGUUAUUCCUAAGCAAGCAAACGCAUAUGGUUUUGCAUGUGGCUUCUGUCUCUGGUUAUGCUCGUAUAUUUCCUCUUGGACUUUUGCUCACCUGUCUAUCUAUCCCAUGUAAGAUCUUGGCCACGGGAUCACUAGAAAUUCUAUGUCUUAAAUGAAGAUUCCCAUUCGUUAAUCA